GGAAAGGGAGACACUUCUAUGGGCCAGCAACUGCCUUUCCCAGGCUGAAGCUACUGAGGUGUGUUAGGAAUACUUAAGGACCUGUCUGUCCUACCUGGUCAGCGUGUGUGUGUGUGUGUGUGUGUGUGUGUUUCUUACUUGAAAGAAAUGGAAUCCAGGCCUGGGGAUCCCCUGGGGCAAGGGAGAUGGGAGCAUUUCAUCUAGACACUGGCAUUUGGGAACAAAUGUCUCUUGGCAUAUGGGACUUAGCAUUGGGGUUUGCCCUCCUUUUUUUUUUUUUUUAAUUGCUGCUUUUAUUUGUUCGGUUUCAUUUUGUUUUUGAGAAUUCCUCUGUAAGCCACCCUUGGUAACCCCGGAGAACUCAGGGGGAGCCCAGAGAGCUGAAGUGGGUGCCUAGUAACUCCCAACAGUACCCUCCGUACCUUCUCACAGAGAUAACUCCCCUGGCCUAUCGGAGGCUCUCCUAGCGCCAAGCUCCCUGCAGGGAGAGAAGUAGACACCAAGGGCUGGAUCUUGGUCAGCGGCUGAGCUUUCUGUAACACUGUUGACUCUCAAGGGCAGGAGUGGGUAGGUCUCUGGCUCUUGGCCGUGGGCUGGCAGGCUUGCAGCACUGCCCAGCCAGUCUUCCUACUCCUUCACUUCUCAGGGCCUAGGGCCUUAAAUCAUCCUGGGUCCUUACUGAACAUUCAGGAAGGGAGCUCCCUGAUGGUGCCCCGCCUACCCUAGGGUGCUGAGAGGACAGUGGGUGGGGCAGCACCUUUGCAGUCCCAGGCUGGUCACAUCUCACAGCUGUUGACCAUAGCGGCCAGCCCUGUGGUUGCCGGUUCAGAGAGUAGUGGGGCGCACACCUGCUGGGCCUCCAGAUGGAACAACCCAGAAUGGAGUUGAGUAAAUGAAGUGGAAACAGCAGCAGAGAACAAGCUCUGUAAAGACACUUGUGUCAUCAACUCACAGCUGCUUUGAGAAGUCUCCCACUAUGAGUUCUAUGUGGCUGUGUCAUGACAUUCCGUUUUCCUUUUUCUUCCUGCCCAUGUAAGGUGUUCCACACAGAUUCUCGUGAUUUUAAGGACCAGAGCUUCAGGGAGGCACGAGGCCUUCCCAGGAAAGGAGCAGAUUUCUGGAAGGGCCUAGAAGGCCAACAGACCCUGCUGUGGGAGCAGCCGUGUCCAGAGAACCGUAGGGAGCCAACGGAGCCAAGUGCUGCGAGUGGGCAAGAGCCCCAGCCCCAAGCUGUGGCUGUAUUCUGAAAGAUUGCAACUCAAGCUCUUGUCACGCAAGAGGGGCCACUUCCCAGGGCACCCCCUUAUCUCUGGAUGCCCUGUGUUCUAACCUGCUGCUGAGAACCAAAGAAGAAAUCAGGCACCAGGCUGGGCAGCGGGACUUGGGCCUCUGCACCCCUAGAGGGUGGCUGGGGACUCUGGCCGGAGGGACUCUCACUUCCCAUCACCUUGCGGCCUCAGUACUUGAUGGGGCCGCCUGUUGGCGGAGCAGUUUUUGCACUGCCUUGUAGGAGCCAAGAGCCUGGGGGAGAGGUCCUGUGGUGCUCAAGCCUGAGGUCACCCCAAGACUAAGCCUUUCUCCAAGUCAAGAAGAAGGAAAGCAACAAAAAGGCGCGUUCUCUCCAUUCCCCCAUCCCUCCUGCCUGUCAUGUCCACUAAGCCAGAAGCCAAGGACACCCACCAGCGCAACGGGACUGGCCCGCCCCCCUCUCCCUGCUCUUCUGAUGGUCCAGGGCCCUUGGCCGCUGGGCCUUCGGAGUUCCUGGGGCCUGACGGGGCCGGGGUGGAGGUGGUGGUGAUUGAAUCUCGGGCUAAUGCCAAGGGGGUUCGAGAGGAGGAUGCUCUGCUGGAGAAUGGGAGCCAGAGCAACGACAGUGAUGAUGUCAGCACGGACCACGGCCCUGCGCCACCCUCGCCACUCAAGGAGACCUCCUUCUCUAUCGGCCUGCAAGUGCUCUUUCCCUUCCUCCUGGCGGGCUUCGGGACCGUGGCUGCUGGCAUGGUGCUGGACAUCGUGCAGCACUGGGAAGUCUUCCAGAAGGUGACGGAAGUCUUCAUCCUGGUGCCUGCACUGCUGGGACUCAAGGGGAACCUGGAAAUGACCCUGGCCUCUAGGCUGUCCACGGCAGCCAACAUUGGACACAUGGACACGCCCAAGGAACUCUGGCGGAUGAUCACGGGGAACAUGGCCCUCAUCCAGGUGCAGGCAACAGUCGUCGGCUUCCUGGCAUCCAUUGCCGCCGUUGUCUUUGGCUGGAUCCCUGAUGGCCAUUUCAGCAUCCCACAUGCCUUCCUGCUCUGUGCCAGCAGUGUGGCCACAGCCUUCAUUGCCUCGCUGGUGCUGGGUAUGAUCAUGAUUGGGGUCAUCAUUGGCUCUCGCAAGAUUGGAAUCAAUCCAGAUAAUGUGGCCACACCCAUUGCUGCCAGCCUGGGGGACCUCAUCACCUUAGCGCUGCUGUCGGGCAUCAGCUGGGGACUCUACCUGGAACUGAAUCAUUGGCGAUACAUCUACCCGCUGGUGUGUGCCUUCUUCGUGGCCCUGCUGCCUGUCUGGGUGGUGCUGGCCCGACGCAGCCCAGCCACAAGGGAGGUGUUGUACUCAGGCUGGGAGCCUGUCAUCAUUGCAAUGGCCAUCAGCAGUGUGGGAGGCCUCAUCUUGGACAAGACUGUCUCAGACCCCAACUUCGCAGGGAUGGCUGUCUUCACACCCGUCAUCAAUGGCGUCGGGGGCAAUCUGGUGGCAGUGCAGGCCAGCCGCAUCUCCACCUUCCUGCACAUGAAUGGGAUGCCAGGGGAGAACUCAGAGCAAGCCCCGCGUCGCUGUCCCAGUCCUUGCACCACCUUCUUCAGUCCUGAUGUGAAUUCCCGCUCUGCUCGGGUCCUCUUCCUCCUCGUGGUCCCAGGGCACCUGGUGUUCCUGUACACCAUCAGCUGUAUGCAGGGUGGGCACACCACCCUCACCCUCAUCUUCAUCAUCUUCUACAUGACAGCUGCACUGCUCCAGGUGCUGAUUCUCCUGUACUUCGCAGACUGGAUGGUGCACUGGAUGUGGGGCCGGGGCCUGGACCCAGACAACUUCUCCAUCCCGUACUUGACUGCCCUCGGGGACCUGCUUGGCACGGGGCUCCUAGCACUCAGCUUCCAUGUCCUGUGGCUCAUUGGGGACCGAGACACGGAUGUCGGGGACUAGCUUUGAUCACUCCACCAUCUCCUCCUCCCUCUGCACUUUCUAUGUGAAUUUGUUUUUUCUUUGAUUCUCCUGUUCUUACUCCCCACACCACACUCCCACCUCUUUCUAGGACUUCACUUUGAUAUCAAAUUCUCAUUAUUUUCAAUGGGAAUUUUUAUACAUUGAGCCAAGUUUGGAUAGCAAGAAUUCAGGAAGGGUAGAUGGACGGAGAUAGGCGUCCAAGGAGCUUUUUGAGACAAUCACCAAGUGCAAUUUCAUGGUGGGUGCCUCCAGGUGAUGGGGGAUUGGGGCAGGGGGCAGUUCUGUUUUUGAUCUGAGAUCAUUUGGUUUGCCUUUAGCAAACUUCCUUCUUGACCCUAAUGAGAAACCAUUUGUGAGUAGGUUCUGGCCUUUUAUUUUGGGAGAUUGAUUUGUUUGUUGUUAUGGUUCUUUUCUUUCUUUUGCCUUUUUUUUUUUUUUUGGUUGAACAGAAGGAUAAGUAACACUUCCUGCCACUCAAUCCACUUGUGUAGAAAUGGACCAACUUCGGAACACUGAGUAGGAAACAGUUGCUUCAGGCUCCCUGGAAUCCCUGCCCCCCUGGACCCAACCCCUGCUGCUCUCAGAAGGAGUGAGGCAAGCAGACUGGUAGGUUUGUGCACAUGCUCCAGGCCUGACUGUCCAAGUGACGUCACGACCCCUCCCCACCGAACAUUCUCCACUUGUAUGUCACCUCCAGGAAGAAAUGAGCAGUGUCCACCCCUACCCUGCUCAAGACCCACUUCCCUAGGGGCACAGAGGAUGGAAUCUAUCCCGUUCAGCCCUUACCCUCAACUCAUCUUUAAGCACUCCCAUGCCAGAGGCCAUUGGAGGGCACUGGGUUGGGAUGGGAGACUGGGGACAGAGCACGGGUGCGUGGCAAAUGGCUUGGAGGAAGAGGAGGACAACCAGCAGUACUGCAGGGCUGCUCUUUCUCCUGAGGACAUCAUCCUGAGGUCACCUUGGCUCCUGUCCUUUUCUAAAAUCACUCAUUCUAUUCCUCCUGCCUGCCAGCAUCCGUUCACUCAUUCAGCAAACACAUGGCCUUCCCAAGGCAAGUACUGUGGCAGGCAUGGUUUGAAGCAUCUCAUUGAGCAGUGUGGACCGAGCACUUGCCAUGUGCUAGGUACUGCCCAAGGCACUUCGUAGCCAGCUGUGAGGGUAUCCUAACACUCAUCAGCUCACCCCCCUACCAGUCUGGCCGAGAAAACUUCUUCACUGGACAGUUGUGUUUCUGUCUGCUGCACCAAUAAUAUUCAGCCUCCUUCUGGAAUGCUGACCACAGCCAGAGCCCCCAGCCCCAGUGCUCAAACAGUGUUGGUGCUCCUCAGCUGCCCUUUCUCCCCUCCCCUUCCCUCCCCUCCACCUGCCUUGGCCACACAGCUAGAAAGAGAAAACCCUGCCAGUUUGGAGACAGCUUUUCUCUGCCUAGCACAACCCUGGGAGGAGACUGGAGCUGCUGUCUCU